AUGGCUUGCGCCACGACCACGACCUCCCUUGAGGUGCCAUCCUCUUCCAACCGAGCAUCGAGCACAUCGCGAGAGAUUGGCGAAAGAUCGGCGCUGCUGCACCGUAGUCGUCCUCAAUCCAGGCGACGUCACUCCUACGACACAUUUAGACCUCGGUCGACCAGCCUAUGCAACGCGGAUGCGAUAUAUGUUCGGGUAGAUCUAUUUCUCAAUGAGCUGAAGAAGAGACUAGAUCGGUUGGAGCGCUACAGCCUGGACAGUCGAUUCCAGCUAGAUGCUCAGCUUGAACGAGGGUAUAAUGCUCUGCGAGAUGUACGAGAUUCGUGCGCUUUAUUUCCUUCCAGUGAUCUCUUGUGGGGUGUGGCGAAGCACAGGGCAGGAAUCUUGGUGGAAACGCUCGAGACCAAAUACACUGAACUCAUGCCGACAAGGGAAACGUUCGAGCAGAAAGCACAAGCAUAUGUACGGACAAUGGAGUCAUAUCUAUCAGAACUGGAAUCACGGACACACGCCGGCCGCAAUGGACUUCAAUUCGUUGCUGCAACCAGGGAGAUCUUCGAGGAAGGCUAUGACAAAGCGAAGCAUGCCCGUGACCUUCUGGCGGACUCGAUAGCACACGCACUCUCUCAAGCACGUCAAACACGGCUCAUUCACUACGAUGACUUGCCGAUACCGUGGCGUGGCAAUCCACACAUCCUGCGGGGCUAUCGCUUCAACGAGACGUCGAUCGACUGCAUAGUGAGCAUGUUCCGACCGAGUAACGAGACCAUCAAUAUCUGGUCUCACCUUCUCGGCUUCUUCGUCGUGCUGGGAAUAGCCUUCUACCUUUACCCCUCAACAGCGAUAUACCCGCUCUCCACGAAGUGGGAUAUCCUCAUCGCCGCAGGCUUCUUCAUAGCCGCUUCCAAGUGCCUCAUUUGCAGCACUAUGUGGCACACGAUGAACAGCAUUGCGGAUAAAUGUGUCCUUGAGCGUUUCGCCUGUGUUGACUACUCAGGCAUUGCCCUUCUGGUUGCAGCGUCCAUCCUCUCGACAGAGUGGACAGCCUUCUACUGCGAGCCCGUGUCUAGGGCCGUCUACAUGUCUUUGACGAUCGUCCUGGGCAUCGCCGGAUCCAUCCUACCAUGGAGGGAAAGCUUCAACCGCAACGACAUGGCCUGGUUUCGAGUGCUCUUCUAUGUCACGCUUGCUGCGACUGGUUUUGCUCCCGUCAUCCAGCUCAACUAUACCAGAGGUCCGGAGUGGACUUUUUACUUCUAUGCACCUAUCACGAAAAGCGUCAUGGUGUAUCUGACAGGAGCGUUGAUAUAUGCGUCGCAGGUACCCGAGAAGUGGUGGCCGGGCAAGUUCGACUAUGCUGGCACGAGUCACAACAUAUGGCAUGUCGCUGUACUUGGCGGAAUACUAUUUCAUUACAACGCUAUGCAGAGCUUCUUUCAAGGCGCGUUCGCGAGGAGGAUGGAGGAUGGCUGCUGCGUGGGAUGA